GUUACCCACAUUCUUCAAAAUAUCUUCUUUUGUGUUCAGCACAAGAAAGAAAUUAAUACAGGUUUGGGACAACAUGUGAGUGAGUAAAUAAUGACAGAAAUUAAAUUUUAGGGUGAACUAUCCCUUAUGACAUAGGUCACUAACAGGUGGACCGCGCGGUCCGGGUCCGGACCCAGAAGCCGUCCCAUCUGGACCCGGACCUACAUAUCUAGCUUCUAUUUCAACUGGUGCAGCUUUUAUAGUCUUUACAGUAGUGCACUCCGGUUCGAGAAGGCUUUUGACAUAAUGAAAUAAAUACCAAACGCUAAUUUCUAGUAAAUCAAAUUUAUAUCUAGCAGAUCAAGGUCAGCUCUAGAGCCGUUUGGGUGCAGUCGUGCGAGCAGUGAUGAGAGCAGAGAGUGGCCCGCUGCACACAGACAGCUGAAACUUUCAGUGGGUGAAAAACAAUGGCAUUUUCAAAAAUUAGGAAAGUUGACGGGUCCUUAAAAAUCUUAAAUGUUACAAGAAAGUCUUAAUUAUGAUUUCAGGAGGUAUUAAAUGUGGGGACUGAAAGACAAGAAUUGCGAUUAAACUUAAAAAAGGCUAUUUAUUGAAUAAAUAUGAGCGCUGCACUUGGGCUUUGUGUACUGCCAUUCCCAAAGCGCCACCUGCUGGAAGAGAAUGAUUUUCCAUUUUCAAUCAGCCCAUAGGUCUGCUGUUGUCAAAGGCCAAUGUUAAAAUCAACCCAUGUUUUUAAGCAGCAAAUAUGCUGAAGAUAAUGUGUUAUAAAAUGUAAACAAUUAAGGCAGUAAAAUAUAUUUAUAUGUUAUUUAAUUAAUAUAAUACUUUGUUCAGGUCUUAAAAAAAGGUCUUUAAAAGUCUUGAAAUUAAGCUUAAAUAUCCUGCAGAUACCCUGGCCUGGCAAAAAAACAUCAAUUGUUUUUUAAAUAUAAUUGUUCGGACCUCGGUUGGUGGGGAGGGUUCAUUACUGGACCUCGAGCCGUUUUAGUUGAAGACCCCUGCCUUAUGAUGACAGUCGGCAGCAUGUUUAGUUCUGUCCCUUUAAGACCUGCACGCGUCUAAUAUACAGACACGCAUCCGUUUUUCUCUCAACUAUUUACUUUUCUUUUUAGAGACAACCAACUGAGUCCGUGUGUAAACCUUGUGUGUUUUGACAACAUUAGCGCAAAAGAUGACUUAGUUCAGUAACCAGGCGCUGUUUAACAGGCUUUUUAGUGCGCGCGCUUCGGGUGUAUGCGCAUGAAAUAUUUAACCCGCAAGGCUUGUAUGCAAAUAAUGUACUUUUGCGAUCGCGAAUAAGUGCAGUGUCCUGUCAGAGUAACUCUACCGCUGUAUGUCGUGUUGUACGGAGAAUAUGCGCUGUAGCACGAUACUACGAUAUUUCUUCAAAAGGAGAUCGUGGAGACAUUUUUAUCGCCCACGAUAAAACCCCUAGCAUUAGCCAAUAUUGACAUAUUUAUUAAAGUAAGCUAAAUCAAUAGGCAGUGCAGGACCAACCAAUCCCUGGCCCUUGAGUGAAGUGUGUGUGUGUGUGCACCCCUGUUCCUCUCCUGUGUAUCAUGACUGUUGUGCUGAAAGGACUUUCACAAGGCUGCUGAAGGACUGUGGAGUAUCAUGUCUAUACUGCUGAAGGAGACAAGAAUGCAGGUUCUUCACUGUGAGGGUGUGAAUAAUAAAAGCUACGUGUGUGAGACGGGACACUGUUGUGGGGAGUCGCAGUGCUGCAGCUACUACUAUGAACUCUGGUGGUUCUGGCUGGUGUGGGCCAUCAUCUUCAUCCUGAGCUGCUGCUGCGUUUGUCAUCAUCGUCGCACCAAACACAGACUGCAACAACAACAACGACAGCAUGAAAUCAACCUCAUUGCCUACAGAGAGGUUCACAACUACACCUCACUGCCCUUCUACUACAGAUUCCUACCCAACUAUCUCCUUCCAGAGUACGAGGAGGCAGUGCAUCGGCCCGCUACACCCCCUCCUCCAUAUAGUGCCUUAAACGCCAGCCCUCCGGCCUACACCAGCCCUUUAACCACUGACCAGCAGGAUGCACACUGCACACCCAGACAGACCACUCCAGUGCCCCCUGCAUCCGACACGCUUUGUUCCAGACCCAGCCUAGAGGAGAUCCACACCUCUAAUGGGUACCACCAGAAAGAAGAUGGCAAGGGCGAGAUGGAGUUAGAGCGGGGCAGAUCCGCACAGAGCUCUCAGCAGCCUCCCAGCAUGGAGAAGCAGAACAAGUGCGGGAAGGAGCCGCUCAGGAAUGUGGUGAUACCUGACGAGAAAGAGAGGAUUCUGGGAAGACACCGCAGAUUCACGGGGGAUUCUGGGAUUGAGGUGUGUGUUUGUGGACGAGGCUUGGAGAGCCAUGAGCCCAAAGAAUUCGAGGGGCUUUUGAGCGAGGAGGACCAGGAGGACUCAGAGGAUUUCUGCGAGGAAUGUGGCCUUCGUUCCUACGGAGAGGAAAAUCAGGGACUUCUGUCCCCAGAAAACAGGGUGGAGCGUGGAGCAUCGCCAGUGUCCCAAUCACAACCUCAUCUGGUCUGCCUCUAUUUGCAUACUAUUAAUGAACAAGAGGGUCCACAACAUAGUAACACAGAAUCGUAAAGCUAAAUGCAUGACAUUACUGGGAAAAAAAAAAAGUGAGAGGAGGACAGGUGUACAGGAAAGCUGCAGUGUGCAGUGCUGAGUAAUCACACAAUAUAUACAUUUGCUUAUAAGUAUGUUAUGGAAACAAUUGGAUGUUCUCUGUAUCUUUGUUUUAUGUAAAGAGCAUCUUUAAUGCGGUUAAAAAGCUCAAAAGUGCACAAGGAAGGGCUCUACUUGCUCCACUACACGAUACAUGUGGUGCUGUAAUGGUGUGUUCAGGUAUUCCCAGGAGAUUCAUAUUCACGAGUUGAGUCGUCAUAAUUAUGACAUCAGAUGUGGUUGGAGAAAGAUGGUGAGGUAACUUUUCUACACACACAACAAUCCACAAAAUGAUAAAUAAAGACUGCACAUAAGGUUUCUUUUUACUUUUUAAAAUAGUUUUAUUUAAUGUAUAAAGGUGCUGUAAAUUGAAUCAUAGUCUAUCGUAAUUGUACAAUACCUUUGUACAUGCAACAUAGCUAGUUUUAUUGUAAAUGAAAAAGAAAACAAAUUUCAACACAUUUACCGUCAAUACGUCCGGAACUCAGAAACUUUGUAUGGAAUAUCCAUAGUUUCCAUCUUUCUGACAUGACUUGUAUGCAUAAUAAGACAUCCUCCAGGUGCGACCACAUUUACUCUGAUUUCAGAUUAAUUGCAAUCCGUGUGAACAGGAGUUUCGCAGAUUCAUGUUCAAGUUGGUAAUGUGAAUUUGUUGCAUUCACCAACAGAAAGCUGCUUGGUUUGAAAUCGACUUCUGUGUGAGCAUUGCUUCAUGCAUUGUGGACCAUUUUUACCUUCGAAACCUCGCUCAAAUUUUACUAAUGUGACCAGACUUUAACUGUGGAGUCUUAGGACCGAGGUUCUAAAUACGUAAACACUAGUGUGCUGAACUCGCAGUGUCUCAGGACAGUCAAAGAGCAAUCUAAAAACUGUCUGAACACCAAAAAACAGCAUAUGCUUUUAAUAUCCAUGUUGACUUUCCCUAAUAUGAUGGGACAAAUCUUAUUGGUGUGUAUUAAGUUUUUGUUUUGCACAAUCACGUUCUUCUGAAUGAAUCCUAUUCAUGAUUAUUCAUUUCAAAUACAAAGUAUUUACAUACAGUCUUAAUUCACAUUUUGUCUGUUUAUAUUGCCGUCUUUUUGGCUGCUGUAUGCUCUGAGUUUUAUAGCCAAAGUAGGCUAUACAGAUUAUGACAAGGGGCAGAUGUUAGAAUUAGGCUUGGAGCUUAUAAAUGCUGCUUUAUUACUACUAAUCAGUUUUUGAUUGCAAGCAAACACUUCAUAAUGUAUAUUCCUUUGAAUUUGUAGGGAUAAAAGCCUUGCCAAAGGGAGGUGUCUUUAGUACACAAGCAUUUACUGCGUAAAGUCAGUUCUUGUUUAGUCAUUGAUAUAAGCUACCAAGUAAAAAAACUUUGUUUUUUCGCUGGAACAUAUUCAAGUGAACUCCAAAGACAGAAACAUUUUGAUGUUUUAUAAUGAUAAUAUACAUAAAUCUAUGUGUAAAGCAUAUCUUGUUGAACUUGAUGUUAGAUGACACAUAUGGGUACAGAUUUGAUUAAGCUGUAUGGUGGUAACAUGAUUUUUGUUUUCAAGUGCCUUUUAUAUAAUUUUUGCACUGUUACAACCACUCUAAAUACGGUUUCACAUGCCAGUUGUCAAGUAUCAUCUUGAACAUUAGCCUCAUAGAAUAUAGUUUUAUAAAAAAGCUCAUGAAUGCUCAAAAGCUGUGCCUUGAUUUUAUAUUCACAUGCAAACUAAUGAGCCAUAUAUGUAAUUAUAAAAUGAUUUAUUUUUGUAUUUCUGCACCAAAGUAGCUUCAGUUUCAAGUUGACCACUGAAGCACUCUUUCAAAGCUCUCCAUGUUAACAAAUUAAUUUAUUUUACUGCCCUAAUGAAUGUUAUUAGUAAAGAGAUUUGCUGCUCUUACUGGUGUCUCUGUGAUGACAAUCUAUUAUUAUUAUUAUUAGAGCUAGCUUGGAGACAGAUACCUAAUCAAUCUCUUUCUCUGAUAUAUUAACAAGAUGCUGAUUUUCAAAGUCUUAAAUGCUCUGAUGCAUCACACAUAAGACUUAAAAUAUGAUUUUAUAUUGUACAGUCUGCAGCUGUUUUAUCUAACAAUCUAUGUAAUCAUUUGAGUUCUGGCGCAGUUCAUAUUUUUAUCUGUUUAUCUUGUGUUAUGCAAAAAAACUAAUCGUGACACUGUCCAUUAAAGGCCAAUCAAAACAA